GAGAGAAGCGCGGCGCUGAAGAUCAACAAGAAGCAGUCUGCAUUCUCCAAAACUUCUACUUCGAUAGCGAAGGCAGCGAAUAAAGUAAAGGAAGAAAAAUGCGGUGCUGGUGCAAAGGCAAAGCACACGAUGAACAAGAAGUCCGCUGCUGGUACCGCCAAGAAAAAGCCAAAAAUGAAAGUGAAAAAGGAGCGAAUUGCCGACUCCAGUGAAGAUGACGCCGAGGAGGACGAAAGCUCUUCUAGCGACGCAGAGUCCACCACUUCUGAGGAUGAAGAUUCAUCUUCAAAAAAAGCCGCGGGAACAAGCAAGCGCCUGAACAAGCGAUCGCAGAUGCCGGACGCGCUCUUUCAUUUCAAUGAUUGGCAG